AUGUACGUACAUACAUACAUACACACACAGAAACAUGUACACACAUGCACAGAGACACGUACACACACAGACAUGUACGUACAUACAUACACACACACACACAGACACAUGUUCAUACAUACACAGACACAUGUACAUACACACACAUGUACACACACACAGACACAUGUACACACAUGUACAUACACACAGACACAUGCACAUGCAUACACAGACACACACACACACACACACCCCACCCCUAUAAAAAGUUGCAGUAUUUCGUUGUUCACUCACAGAGCCGGGUACUGUACUCUAGGGGGAAGCAGAGAGCACAGCACACACUCCUUCCUUUGCUUUCACUGCGCUCAGUUAUUGAGCAGUCUGACGGCUCCCAGUGCCACUGACAGAUCCGGUCUGAGCUCCAAGCCUGCUCAGCAAGACGGCCCUGGGGGCACACUCGCCCCCACCAUAAUUUCCACUCGCCAUUGGCGAGCAGGUGAGUGGAAAUUU